AUGUCUGAUAUAGCGCUUCAGCUUGACGUUCUGGAGCCCCGCAAGCGGCUGAGACCGCGCUCCGACUCACAGUCGCACCACCUGGUCGUUGUAGAGGCGCCAAAACGAAAUCCGGCUGUAUAUUUUGUCACUUUGUCCUCGUUGAAUGACACCUUCGUCAAGAAACAUCUUCUGGUUCCGUAUUAUCCCGAGACGCGCAAGCUCGGCCGGCCCGCUGGUGCGAAGAUAAAGCCGGACUCCACCAACGGGUACUUUGAUCUGCGGGUUUUGAGUCGAAGCCAUGCGGCUAUGUACAUGGAUGCUACCGGCAAGUUGAUGCUCAAGGAUUUGGGGCUGUCCAACGGCACUUAUGUUAAUGAUGAGCGGAUAGGAAGCGAGCCCGUGGAGAUUCAUAUCGGGGACAGCAUCUACCUUGGUUUUAACAUCCAAGCGGACACAAAUCACAAACAAAUUAGUGCUCGUGUGGACAACAUUUCUGUGAUGUCCAACUUUUUGAGCUCCAGUGUUCCGGAAGUGGGUCAGUAUAACUACGUGCAGAAUGUGCUCGAUAAACUUCGUGGAAAGGAGCCGCUGGAGGCGGUUUCUGUGGAUCUGCCGCUCUUCGCAGACAUGGGAAUGGUGGAAGGAGCCGCCAAAAUUGGCACUGAAAAUGUCGGCAUGUACAAGAAUUCCAACCUAGUGACGGCUCCGGCGGUGCUGGCAGCCGCGAGGACGCUUGCUGUCGCGGUGGCUACACUCAAACAGCACAACAACACACUCCUUUCUGUGGAGCAGUUUCUCACCAAGUACAAGGAAAACGUCGAUAUCAUUACGGCCAAGCAGGUUGAGUACAAGGUGGCCAAGGAGGUAGCACUGGUUGUGUCCGACAAGCUCAAGCGCGCGGAACAAAAAGCCCAGAAAGAACGGGUCCGGGAACAGCAAUUGUACGAAAACUUGAUUGGUGAAUUCGAGCUUUACCGCGAUGAAAAAGAAGCCAAAAUCCGCCAGUUGGAACACGAUAUAGUCGAUCUAAAAUCAACCCCCGCUUCCGCCGACAAGCUGGACUUGGUUCGAGAGCUAACCCCGGAAUCAGACCCCGAUCCAGACGCUGAAAACUUGAACGACGUCAACAUCCAGAGCAUCCUAGCAUCGCAGACCCACGAAAAUAACUCUUCUCUCGAAGAAAAAACUCUAGUGGAAACCCACCGCAAACUGCAAGCUUCUGUGAACGUCACGUUCGCCAUAGUCGCUUUGCUCUUGGGCAUGGCCCUCCAACGUGCCAUCCACUAG